AGGAGGGCGAGGGGAGGGAGAAGGCGCCCGCCUGGCUCCCUGCAAAGCGGCCUUAUUUAUCUGGGCAUAGCCUCAGCCUCCCCGGUGGGAGGCUUGGGGCGGCUGAUCCUCUCCCACCGGGGAGCUCCUCUCGGGGUGCGGCCGAGGUGGCCGCCUAGGCCGGGACACCGGGCGCGGGGCACGCCGGGCCCUGCUGGCCAGGCCAGCACCUCCGCCGCCUUCCCGCUUCGCCAGCGCCCAUGCCGGGCUCCCCAUGACGGGAGGACGCCCGGCAAACAGCGUGGCAUGAGCCAGGAGCCCGGGCCGAGGUAAGGGCCCUUGAGCAAGUCCUAUCUCCCACUGAUGAAAAGAAAACAAGUGGACCUGAGUUGGGGCACCUGGCGCCCUCAAAAGAGCUGGGCCCAGGAAGGACUGCGCUGCUGAAAGCCAGGGAGACAUCUUACCCCGAGAGUGACGGAGGAAGAUGUCCAGUCCCGGAGUCGACGGCGACCCCAAGCCCCCAUGCUUGCCUCGAAAUGGCCUGGUGAAGUUGCCGGGCCAGCCCAAUGGCCUGGGUGCAGCCAGUAUCACCAAGGGUACGCCGGCUGCCAGGAACCGCCCUUGCCAGCCACUGCCCCCACCCACUCUCCCACCACCCAGCCUGGCUGCCCCACUGCCCCGGGCGGCCCUGGCUGGGGGCCUGUGCCCCACAGCAGGGAUCCCCCUUGGUGGCCCACCCUCAGCCCCAGCACCUGGGCCCCCAGUGGAGCGGCCGCCGCUGGCCACAGAUGAAAAGAUCCUCAAUGGCCUCUUCUGGUACUUCUCGGCCUGCGAGAAGUGUGUGCUGGCCCAGGUAUGCAAGGCCUGGCGACGCGUGCUCUACCAGCCGAAGUUCUGGGCAGGCCUCACGCCUGUGCUGCAUGCCAAGGAGCUCUACAACGUGCUGCCUGGUGGUGAGAAGGAGUUCGUGAACCUGCAGGGUUUUGCUGCUCGUGGCUUUGAAGGCUUCUGUCUAGUUGGAGUCUCUGACCUGGAUAUCUGUGAGUUCAUUGACAACUAUGCCCUGUCCAAGAAGGGUGUGAAGGCCAUGAGCCUCAAGCGCUCCACCAUCACUGAUGCUGGCCUGGAGGUGAUGCUGGAGCAGAUGCAGGGUGUAGUGCGCCUCGAGCUGUCCGGCUGCAACGACUUCACUGAGGCAGGGCUGUGGUCCAGCCUGAGUGCGCGCAUCACCUCACUGAGUGUGAGUGACUGCAUCAAUGUGGCCGAUGAUGCCAUUGCAGCCAUCUCGCAGCUUCUUCCCAACCUGGCUGAGCUGAGCUUGCAAGCCUACCAUGUGACGGACACGGCGCUGGCCUACUUCACUGCGCGCCAGGGCCACAGCACGCACACCCUGCGCCUGCUCUCCUGCUGGGAGAUUACCAACCAUGGUGUGGUCAACGUGGUACACAGCCUGCCCAACCUUACGGCGCUCAGCCUCUCUGGCUGCUCUAAGGUCACAGAUGAUGGUGUGGAGCUUGUGGCUGAGAACCUGCGCAAGCUUCGCAGCCUUGACCUCUCAUGGUGCCCCCGCAUCACUGACAUGGCACUGGAGUACGUGGCCUGCGACCUGCACCGCCUGGAAGAGCUGGUGCUGGACAGGUGUGUACGCAUCACGGACACUGGCCUCAGCUAUUUAUCCACCAUGUCGUCCCUCCGCAGCCUCUACCUGCGAUGGUGCUGCCAGGUGCAGGACUUCGGGCUGAAGCACCUCCUGGCCAUGAGGAGUUUGCGUCUCCUGUCUCUGGCAGGAUGCCCACUGCUGACCACAACCGGCCUGUCCGGCCUGGUGCAGCUGCAGGAGCUGGAGGAACUGGAGCUGACUAACUGCCCCGGGGCCACCCCCGAACUCUUCAAGUACUUCUCACAGCACCUGCCCCGCUGCCUCGUCAUCGAGUAGCACAGGGUCUUCUCGCCCCCGUCGCAGGAACCUGCCAGGCUCUGGGCGGGGACGCGAGGGCGCCACUGAGCCCCUUUUCUCCGCACCUCCCAGUGCAGCGCGGGAGGCGGAGCGAACCGAGGGAAAGCCCUGCUCUGCGCCCGCUCCUCUCCUGGCCGCGCCCAGGCAGGGAGGGGCGACGGGCGGUGUCCGCCCCACGCACGCACGCACACUGGGGGAUUUGUGCAUGCCCCUCGUGCCCGCCCUGCA